AUGGGUCGCUCUCAGGAGCUCAAUGAAUUCAAGCGUGGUACCGUGAUAGGUUGCCACCUGUGCAAUAAGUCCAUCUGUGAAGAUUCCUUGCUACUAAAUAUUCCACGUUCAACUGUUAGUGGUAUUAUAACAAAGUGGAAGCAACUGGGAACAACAGCAAUUCAGACACAAACGCAUGCUGAAGCGCAGAAGUCGCCAACUGUCUGCAGGGUCAAUAGCUAAAGACCUCCAAACUUUGUGUGGCCCUCAGGUUAGCACAACAACAGUGCAGAGAGAGCUUCAUG